CUCCGAUUUCCGCGCGCCUCUUUGGCAGCUGGUCACAUGGUGAGGGUGGGGGUAAAGGGGGCCGCUCUAGCCUGCGGCCUGUGUCUAUGGUCGGGCCCUUAGCGUCCAGCUGCCCAGGACAGACCUCGAGUGUAUGGCGCUGCAGGAACCGGCUCCGGGGUCCGGGUAACGGGCCGACCCCGCAGCUCCUGACACGGGGCGAGGCUCUCCUCUGGCCUGAGAAUGGCUACCUCCCGAUAUGAGCCAGUGGCUGAAAUUGGUGUCGGUGCCUAUGGGACAGUGUACAAGGCCCGUGACCCCCACAGUGGCCACUUUGUGGCCCUCAAGAGUGUAAGAGUCCCCAAUGGAGGAGGUGCUGGAGGGGGCCUGCCCAUCAGCACCGUUCGGGAGGUGGCCUUACUGCGGCGCCUGGAGGCUUUUGAGCAUCCCAAUGUUGUCAGGCUCAUGGAUGUCUGUGCAACAGCCCGGACUGACCGGGAGACCAAAGUGACCCUGGUGUUUGAGCAUGUGGACCAAGACCUCAGGACGUAUCUGGACAAGGCACCCCCACCAGGCUUGCCAGUGGAGACCAUAAAGGAUCUGAUGCGCCAGUUUCUAAGAGGCCUGGAUUUCCUUCAUGCCAACUGCAUUGUUCACCGAGACCUGAAGCCAGAGAACAUUCUGGUGACAAGUGGUGGGACAGUCAAGCUGGCUGACUUUGGCCUGGCCAGAAUCUACAGCUACCAGAUGGCACUUACCCCUGUGGUUGUUACACUCUGGUAUCGCGCUCCAGAAGUCCUGUUGCAGUCUACAUAUGCAACACCCGUGGACAUGUGGAGCGUUGGCUGUAUCUUCGCAGAGAUGUUUCGUCGAAAGCCUCUCUUCUGUGGAAACUCUGAAGCUGACCAGUUAGGCAAAAUCUUUGACCUGAUCGGACUGCCCCCAGAGGAUGACUGGCCCCGAGAUGUGUCUCUGCCCCGAGGAGCCUUUUCCCCCAGAGGGCCCCGGCCAGUGCAGGCGGUGGUCCCUGAGCUGGAGGAAUCUGGAGCACAGUUGCUGCUGGAGAUGCUGAGUUUUAACCCACACAAGCGAAUCUCCGCCUUCCGAGCGCUGCAGCACCCUUAUCUACACAAGGCAGAAGGUGACGCAGAGUGAGCAGCGGAAUGGCUGGAACAGAACCAAGGCGAGAGACCACCAAAUUUCCCUUCCUUUGAACACUUGAGUGGAGAGCCCCCCCACUGAGAAGGCAACCUCUGCCUUCACCUCUGAAGCUGUGGCGGCGACUCCAACUUUUUACAGACGAUAUUUUACUGCCUUAACGACAUUCCCCUCCCACCUUUCUGAGGCUUAUCCUUAUCCUGUGUCCUUACACCAAGGGGUAUGUCCCUUGUGCUCCCCUUCUUUAUACCUUUAUAUUGGGAUCCUUUUUUAUACAGGACAAACAAAACAAAGAAAUAAUGGUCUUUUUUUUUUUUU